AUGAAACUAAAUAAACAGGAAGUGACAUCACUUCUCCUCUCCGUCAGGUUCUUUCGGGGCGAGUACACGGUGGAGGUGGCCAUCAACGACUACCUGGAUGUCUACUGUCCACACUACGAGUGGGCGGAGUCAGACAAGCGCAUGGAGCAGUACGUGUUGUACAUGGUGAACUACGAUGGCUACACCACCUGUGACCACCACAGGAAGGGGUUCAAACGCUGGGAGUGUAACCGUCCACGGAGCACCAGUGGACCACUGAAGUUCUCUGAGAAGUUCCAGCUGUUCACCCCCUUCAGCCUGGGCUUCGAGUUCAGACCGGGACACGAGUACUACUACAUCUGUAAGUACUACACACUGUGUACUAAUACAUCUGUAAGUACUACACACCGAGUACUACUACAUCUGUGUUUUCUGUAUGAAGGUGAUAAAGGAUGGAUGUUUAUAUAUAUUGUUGUGAGACUGUAA